AUGGAUACACCACCCAUCGACUCAAAAUGGAUAUGGCACCCGCAAUGGGUCGACAGCGCAAAAGACUCAGCAGGAGGCUUUGUCCAUUUUCGUAAAGAACUCACGCUCGACCGCGUCCCUAGCGAGCCUGUCAUUGUCCAGAUCACAGCAGACACAAAGUAUCAACUCUACAUCAACGGACGUCUCGUUAUCUUCGGCCCCGUUAAGGGCGACGAGCAUAUGUGGUUCUAUGACGAACUUGACAUGAGUUCAUACCUAAAACUGGGCCUCAAUAUCCUCUCCGUCCAGGUUCUCCGACUGUACCACGGUACUCCCUACGGUACAAGCUUCCCCAGGAUGCCAUUUCCUGGCCUGUUGGUGCGAAGAGCAGGCGAAGCAGGACGUGAUGAGAUUCAGCUCGACACAGAUGACACGUGGCUUGUCGCUAUUGACGCUUCUCGGAAGCUUCGUAUCGACCAAAAAGAAGACGACUUUCUACACGUUUACGAAGAUGCCGCGAGCAUUCCUAGGCAUGAUCUCGAUUGGGUGACCGCCCAGGUUCUUGAUCUCCCCAAGUCUCAUGGUCUCAGCCCUCCUUGGAUGCUGCAUCCCCGGAUGAUUCCCUUACCGCAUAUCACUCCGGUAGGCUUCAAGAAGGUGCACAACCUACGCAGUUCACUAUCCCAGCAGGAAUGGGAGGAGCUUCUCUUGAAUCCUCAGGGUGGCGAUCCAACUCUCCGCCUACCAGCAGGCACGACGCAUCACAUUGAGAUUGAGGCAAAUCACCACUUGACGGCGUAUAUCGAGUUUUGCUUUAAACGUCCCACGUCAUCCGGCAGUGAGCUUCGUGUCACCUAUACUGAGUGCUAUGAGGACGAACCGGAUAUGAUCCCCUACAUUCGCCGCAAAGGCGACCGCCUUGACACGACCAAGAAGCUCUACGGACCACAGGAUCGGUACGUCUUUACUGGCGAGCAAGGCUGCGAGUCAGCUCAGAGCCUUCAGUAUACCAUGAGCCCGGAAACCAAAGAGAAUUUCCGACCGUUUCACUUUCGAACCUUCCGUAUCCUGGCCCUGGACAUACAAGUUAACCCUGAAAGCGACCUCAUCAUGACUGGAGUGCACGUCAAUAGAACACAUUAUCCACUGGAUGUUACUGGAGAGGUUGAAAUCCCCAGAACAGCUUAUGAGCAGCUUUGGUCCACCAGCGUCCGCACCCUCACCAACUGCAUGCACGAUUGCUACGAGGAUUGUCCCUUUUACGAGCAGUUGCAGUAUGCCAUGGACGUACGAAGCUCGUGUCUCUUUACGUACUACGUUUCUGGGGACGACCGAAUGGCUCGUCAGGCCAUUCUUCAACUACACAACUCAUACCGCGCUCAUCUGGGAUUGCUGGCAAGCCGUAGCCCGGCAUCGCAGCUCCAGAUAAUUCCACAUUUCUCACUUUUCUGGAUCCUCACCCUUGUGGAUCACUUUGAACACUUUCGGGACAUUGGAUUCACUCGCCGGCUGAUCCCUGUUUGUGAUGGAAUCCUCGAAUCCUUUGCGAGGCGUGUCGAUCCUGAGCUGGGCCUCGUAUCUUCAGAGACUCCAUUCUGGGACUUUGUGGACUGGACGCCUGAGUGGAAGCCGAUGGGUAUUCCUCCAGCAGCCGCACGAACAGGGUACCAGACCUUCACAAACUCACUCUAUGCCCAUACUAUGCAAAGACUGGUGCCCGUAGUCAAGGCCAUCGGAAGACAAGGCCUUGCAGGGGAACUCGAGGCUCGGGCGGAUACCAUCGUCGGGGCCCUCAGGCAACAUUGUCGGCUCGGCGAGGUAUUCACCGAUGGGCUCGCCUCUUCGGCUGAUGUCACCCGAGACUUUAGUCAACACAACCAGAUAUGGGCCGUUUUGUGCGGAGCCGCGACAGGAGACUAUGCACGCAAGUUGCUGAGGCAGUCUCUGCCAAUGGCACAGUCCAAGUCCUCUGAGGAAGAGGACUUGCAGGCCCCGAUAUCUGCCACCGAGUUUACCAAACCGUCACAAGCCAUGUCGUUCUACCUUCUCCGUUCUCUCUCAGCGGCAGGUUCUACGUUGUACGACGACGUCUUUCACGACAUGUGGCAGCCAUGGCUGAACCAACUAUCCCUCAACUUGACGACAUGGUGCGAAGAUGAGGUGACGCUGCGAUCCGACUGUCACGCGUGGAGCUGUGUACCUCUGUACGAACUCAUGGCUGAAGUUGCAGGCAUCCGACCAGCCGAGCCGGGCUGGAGCUCGGUGUCGUUUCGGCCGAGGACGGGGCUCUUCCCCUCAUUCAGGGCCAAGGUCCCCCUGGGUGGCAAGUUGGCGCCUGGGACGGCGCACGUUGCUUGGAAACGGUCCGAAGGUUGGGACAAGGCAUCGGUGUCGUUGCGUCUUGAUACGGGGGCUCCCGUUGAUGGAGUUCCUAUCCAUGUGACGUAUCCAGAUGGACGUCAGGAGACUAAGCUUGGACUGGAACUGACUUUUACCCUGUAA